AUGAUGCAACGUGGUAAAUGUCGUUCUCUAUUAUCUCCACGUUUUUUUUUAUCAUUAAUUUUAUCAAUCACUGCUUCACUUUUAUUCAUUACUGUCAUAGCAAAUCAACAUCAAAAUCCUUUUUUAUUUAUUGGUGGAACAAGAGAUAUUGCUGAUCGAACCGUUCUAUUUGUUCGUACAGCACAGAAUUGUCAAUCACGCUUAAAAUAUCUUCUUGAAAGUUGGAUACCAAAAGAUCUAUCAAAACAAUCAAAUAUAUAUUUAAUAACAGAUAACAUACCAAAUGAUACAAAUGUAACAAUAUUUAAUUUAUUUCGAAAUGUAGUUGAAACAAAUUGUCCUUCAACACAUGGUGAAUUUGAUCUAUGUUGUAAAACGGCACAUGAGUUUGAUGCAUAUUAUAGUUUAACAAAAAUAAAUUCAAAUUUAGAAUGGAUGUGCCGUUUUGAUGAUGAUCAAUAUGUUAAUGUUGAUAAUUUAUAUAAAUAUUUAUCUCAAAUGAACUCUUCAAAACCAUAUUAUAUUGGUCGAAUAAGUUAUGGUCACCGUUUAAGUGUUCCUGAGCAUAAUCGAACAUAUAUGUUUGCGACGUAUGGUGCUGGUGUAUGUUAUUCACAUACAUUACUUAAACAACUUCGUUCUCAUGUUCAUGUUAAUGUUUUACCAAAAAAUUGUGCAAAACUAAAGAGACCCGAUGAUGUUUAUAUGGGUUAUUUAAUUGAACUUAUAGUUAAUGUAUCAUUAACACCAGUGAAUGACUUAUUACAUUCACAUUUAGAUGUACUUGAUGGAUCAUUUCGAAGAUAUAGUCUAAAUGAUUUAGCACGUAUGAUUACAUUUGGUUUCUCAUCCCAGGUCGAUCAUUACGAACUUCGUAAACGAUUGGAUACGACCGUAACCGGAAAAAAUACGACCGUAUACGACCGUAUUUCACCGUUUUUUGCCGUAUUACCUGAGGCCGUAUUACGAUCGUAUGUCUCCGUACCGUAUACGGACAACACGGAGACAUACGAUCGUAAUACGGCCUCAGGUAAUACGGCAAAAUACGGUCGCGCGUGGUCGUAUUUCUCCGUAUACGACCGUUUACGAUCGCGCUUGUUUGACCUGGAAUGGGAUCGAUAUACUUUAGAUUGGUUACGAAUAAUUCAUCAAUUAAUUGAACUUACUAAACAAGAUCAAUAUGAAGCAGCAAAUCGUUUAUGGUUAUUUCUAAGAAAUUAUGAAAAAGAACAUCCUCAAAAUUUAACAAAUAAAUAUGAUCAAUCAUGUACAUCAUAUGAACGAUUACGAAAUAAAACAUUGUUAUUAAACAAUGAAACAACAACGCAAAAUUCAAACAAAUCUACCUAA